CUCUAUCCUAUACUUUUUGGUCCAUGGUACGGAUCAAUGUUGCGGAUUUCGAGGUUAUUGAGUUAUAACAUAAUCUUUGAAAAUGCCUUUUAUGAAAGGGCCUGCACCGAUCAGAAGGACCUUAAAAUUUCUACAGGCCGGUAGACUAGUCUUGAAAGAUAAAAUAAAAAUAUUUUCUUUGAACUAUAAUACUGCAGGCAAAAAUCACAUUGGUGCCAGGGACUUCGUGUUCUGGUGUCUACCUCAACUGCAGUACAAAAAUCCACAAGUUCAAGUCAUCACGUUCAAAAACUUGACACCAACCCCAUUUAUCAAAUGCUAUUACGAUGAUGGCAGACACAUGCUUAUAGAUAUUGACAAUAAGCCUAAAGAUGAAGUGUUGGAGCAUCUGAUAUCAGUUAUCGGAAAAUCAGAUGCCGUUUUAGCCCAUGAAGCUGUACUUGCAGAAAAAAAAGACAAUCCUGCUAAUUUUGGCAUAGGAUGUGAAAAAAGUUGCAUUUGUGAAAUUCCUGGACAACUUCCAUGUCCAGGACUUGUUCCUUUACCUAACAUGAUGCGAGGAAAAUUUAAGCAUGCCACUGAAUAACUGGCUCCUAUUUGUCCUACAAAAGUUCUUAAGUUUUUCCACUAGCAUUUGUGUGUGAAAAAUUCUGCUCUUUGUUUCAAAUCAAUAUGCAGUAGAAAAUUGUACAUGAAUUGAGAGAACUUAGCCUUAGAAUACAACUCAAAAAAAUCAAUUGAAACAUAGCAUUUGAUGUACAUAUAUAUUAUCAAAAAUGUUAUAAUACAAUGUAGGAAAAUAUAUGUACGUGUGAUAUAUACUGGACAAAA